CACUCGCAAAAUAACGUGCGGGCUGGCUUUACCGUGUUUAUCAAAGUGGAGGCUGGCUGGACAACCCUCUCGUCCCUGGGAAGGACAGAAGUGGCUAGCUGACCGGCUAGCUGCUUAGCGUGAAUGCAGUGAACGGUCGCUACUGGUUGCUGAUAGCUAAUUAACCGACAACGAUGGCGAUAACGUUAUGCUUCCACGUCGGUCUCUAUAACGCGGUUCGUUUACUCUCGCGUCGGUUUCAUCAGUCUCGUUAGCCGACACACGGUGAAGCUAACCGCUAAGCUAGCUUGUCAAGCCCCUCUCCGUCGCGCUCGUCCGUGUAUGUCGAGGUGUUGGAGCGUCGCUCGGGGUUCUCAUGGCCGUUGGUUGACGGGCGAAGCCAUGCGGCACCACUGGCUGCUCCUCGGGGCUUGCGGCUGGGUGCUGCUCAUCCUGAUGUUCGUCAGCAAGUUCAUCGGCUUCAGAGCUGUGGAUGAUUACGGAGGGAGGGUCGGUGGUCAGAGUUGGACAGUGCAAGGCACCAAGGUGGUCACACCCAUUCUUUUUUCCAAACCAGUACAACCAGUUCCAAAGCCAUCCGAUCAGCCCUCGGCGGUGCCCACAGUGACCGACUGGCAGUCAGUCGUCGAGAGUCGGCUCGAGUUGCUCUCAAAUGUGUGCAAGAACAGCAGCUUCACAAACACGACUCAUGCUGCCAUCAGCAAGUUUGUCCUGGACCGCAUCUUUGUCUGCGACAAACACAAGAUCUUGUUCUGCCAGACGCCUAAAGUGGGCAACACGCAGUGGAAAAAGGUCCUCAUUGUGCUCAAUGGAGCGUUCCCCACUGUGGAGGAGAUCCCCGAAAACCUUGUUCAUGACCACGAGAAGAACGGCCUUCCGCGUCUGUCGUCCCUCGCGCCGCAGGAGAUCACUCACAGAUUAAACACAUACUUUAAGUUUUUCAUCGUGAGAGACCCCUUCGAGCGGCUGAUUUCGGCCUUCAAGGACAAGUUCGUGAAGAACCCGCGCUUCGAGCCUUGGUACAAGCACGACAUCGCCCCGGCCAUCAUCCGCAAGUACCGCAAGAUCCACCGCAACGGCGAGCUCGCCGCCUCCGGCCUGCACUUUGAGGACUUUGUCCGUUACUUGGGCGACGCCGAAGGCCGGCAACGUAUGGACCGGCAGUUCGGCGAGCACGUCAUCCACUGGGUGACCUACGCGGAGCUGUGCGCGCCGUGCGAGAUUCACUACAGCGCGGUGGGCCACCACGAGACGCUGGAGCAGGACGCCGCCCACAUCCUCAAAGCUACGGGCAUCGACCGCACGGUGUCCUACCCCGCCAUCCCCCCAGGCAUCACCCGCUACAACAGGACCAAGGUGGAGCAAUACUUUGCAGGCAUUAGCCGGCGGGACAUCAGGCGUCUUUACGCACGAUACCAGGGGGACUUCCAGCUGUUUGGUUACCCGAGCCCUGACUUUCUACUGGACUAAAAACUGAUUAACGAGUAUUAAAAGACUAAUAGUUUACAUACGACAUCCUGUUGACAUCUUCGGUUUAUGAGACAGGUACAUGCUAGCCAACCAAGCCUGAGUGUGUUCCCUUUUUAGAAAUUACUGACCAGUUGUGACUUUGUUCGAGUGUAAUUGCAAUGACUGUAAGACACUGCCUGAUGUUCAUAUAUUUAAUAGAGGGAGGAGCUACGAGUGAAGAGGAAAAGAAAGUGUUGCUGCGAGAGAUGGUUAUUUGGAUGGAUAUCGUUUUGUGGGGAGAGGUAGUCAAUAGGAAGAUGGAAUAAAGGUAUUGCUACCUUUUUAUAUUUAAUAAUCCUGAAUGAAGGAUUGUCUUGGAGAGAAGUUUUCUCUGUAGUUCUGACCUGUUGCCCUGUAAUGUAGCUACUGUACUGGACCCUACGGGUGACCGUGUCGUCGGAAAGGGUCUGUCAUAGGUCAGUGCCAUGCGUUUUGACACGUUACGUCUUUUGUACCUCUUGCCAUCACACUAGACAUAGGCAAAGCUACCCUGUAUCAGGGAUUUUCAUUUUGGUGUAAACUAUAGACUUUUUUCACAAAUUAGCUGUUUAUUAUUUAUCAUACACCCAAACUAUCCUGCUGAUGUCUAGGAAGACGCUGUAGUACUAUUCAAAUUUCAUGAAAUACUUACACAAUGAAGCAAAGACCAUAGUCCUUAGUGUGUCUGUUUUAAGGCUUUUCUUUUUUCAGCUAUUAACCGCACAGGGACAUUGAAGGAAAUUGGCACUGAAUUUUAUUAACGUGUCUUGCAACUCAACUUUUCUACUACAUUUUGCUAUUUAUAAUAUGUAAUUAUUAACCUGACACCAACCGUGUCUCACGUCUAGGACUCUGUAAUAAAGUUCCAUGUGAAAUA